UAUAAAUUGGUGGGUAAGCGGCAGUUUCUUCAUCAUUUCAACUCUGCAUCAUCAUCAUCCAGCAUUCACGUGUUCUUCUCUUUCUCUCUCUCUUUCUCUGCUCCCUCUGUUCUUCCGCCAUUAAAGCUCCUUCAUCCACUACCACCCGACGCCCUACUCUGUUUUUCACUGUUUUGGAUCAAAAUGGACGGAAACAACCAUGUGCGUUCCUCUUCUUCUCUCACCACUGACCUCUUUGGCUCUAAACACACUUCCUCUUCUUCUACCUCUGGGAUUUUUGGCUCUAUUUUCUCCCCUUCUUCCAAGGUGUUAGGGGGAGACUCACUGCUCUCUCGAACCAAAGAGAUUGAAAGGGCUUCUGUAAAUCAGCCUUGGAUCCCCAACGCUGAUGAUCAAGAUGAUACUGCUAAUCAAAGACAAAAGGAGAGUCGGGAGACGAAGAAUAAAGAUUCGAGUUCCAUCUAUCAGGAUCAAAGAGCCCAACCAUGUCAGUUUACCUCAUCAAUCUAUUAUGGUGGCCAAGAUGUUUAUGCUCAUCCUCAGAAUUCUCACAAUUCUGGGGUGAACUCGACGUUCAAGAAGGACGGGGGAGAAGACGAUUCUGGAAGUGCUUCAAGAGGAAAUUGGUGGCAAGGGUCUCUCUAUUAUUAAUUCUAGAUCACUUGCCAAGGUUUUAUACUUAUUAAGGUACAUAGGAUCAUAGAUCGACCUCUUAUUUUAUGAAGCUAGACGAUAGCGAGAUCGUUGUGAACAACAAAGCUGGUUGAUCCAUUUUCCAGUCGAACACAACAGAAUCUCUUUUAGUUAAUGGAAUAGUUAUAAGCAUCUUUCUAAAUUUUACUGUAAAGAAUGCUGUUGCUGCUACUGCUUUUGUUUGCUGGUUUGUUUGAACCUUGGUGUUUUUAAGCAUAAAUGUAUUGUAGGAACGUACG